AUGGAUGAGACGGACGCCAAAGGCAGCAGCGAAAAGCCCUCAACUGGAGUCCUUAGAUGGACACCGAAGGCAAGCCCGACAAGAUCGCUUCUUUCUCAGGCGGUGACAAGCGCAGGAGUUGUCGAUUUAGAGAUGCAAAGGCGAAGCUUAGCUUCUGAAGAAGUAGAAGCAGAUGGCAGCUUGUCCUCUACUGCCGACAGCAUUUUCCCGUUUAACGUUGCUGAAUCCGCGCCGCCUCUGAGGUUUGGUUCCGAAGUUGUUGCAGAAUCGUUGGGGGAGCAAAGAGAAAAUUACGUUCGUGCUGGUUCAGUGUCGAAGAGGGAGGGCGUUUUCUUGACGUGGAAGGAGCUGUGGGUUACGGUGGAUGAUGGGAAACGACGGCGCUUGCCGAUCCUUCAGGGACUCACUGGGUACGCUCAACCCGGAGAGGUGCUGGCCAUCAUGGGUCCUUCUGGCUCUGGCAAAUCUACUCUUCUCGAUUCUUUGGCAGGGAGGUUAAGUUCAAAUACGCAGCAGACUGGGGAGAUUUUGGUUAAUGGACGCAAAGAAACACUUGCUUUUGGAACUUCGGCGUAUGUAACUCAGGAUGACACCUUAAUGACAACACUAACAGUAAGGGAAACUGUAUACUACUCGGCACAGCUCCAACUGCCGGACUCAAUGUCAAGAUCCGAGAAGAAGGAAAGGGCGGAGAUGACGAUAAGGGAGAUGGGUUUGCAAGAUUCCAUGGAUACAAGAAUUGGAGGCUGGAGUGUAAAAGGGCUGAGCGGUGGGCAAAAGAGGAGGGUUAGCAUUUGCAUUGAAAUCUUGACACGCCCAAAGCUGCUUUUCCUCGACGAGCCUACAAGUGGGCUGGACAGUGCAGCAUCUUUCCAUGUCAUGAGCCGCAUCACUAAGCUUGCUCGCCAAGAUGGAAGGACUGUUAUCGCAUCAAUCCAUCAACCGAGCAGUGAAGUUUUUGAGCUCUUCAGCAAUCUCUGCCUCCUUUCCACUGGCAUGACUGUCUAUUUUGGCCCUGUUUCAAUGGCAGAAGAGUUUUUUGGUUCAAAAGGCUUCCCAUGCCCAACUCUGAGAAACCCAUCUGAUCACUACCUUAGAACUAUCAACAAGGACUUCGAUGCAGAUAUCGAAAUAGGGCGUGACGGCACAAGCACUGAGGAAGUCAUAAAUAUCCUCGUCAAGUCAUACAAGUCAUCUGAGACACUCCAGCAAGUUCAGCAGGUCUUAUAUAAGAUAUGCCACCAGAAACAAGGAACUUUGGAGAAGAAGGGAAGCCAAGCAAGCUUCAUUACACAAUGCCUAGUUCUGACUAGGAGAUCUUUUGUAAACAUGUAUCGUGAUCUAGGCUAUUACUGGCUUCGCCUUGCAGUCUAUAUUGCACUGUGUUUAUGUGUUGGGACUAUUUACCAUGACAUUGGCUUUACUUAUGGCUCAAUCCAGGCUAGAGGUUCAAUGCUGAUGUUUGUUGCGGCCUUUCUCACUUUCAUGGCAAUUGGCGGAUUCCCUUCUUUUGUAGAGGACAUGAAGAUAUUUGGGCGAGAAAGAUUAAAUGGGCACUAUGGCGUUGGCGCGUUUGUGAUUGGAAACACAUUUUCUUCUAUUCCUUACUUGCUCAUCAUCUCUUUAGCUCCUGGAGCUCUGGCUUACUACCUUGUAGGCCUUCAAAAGAGCAUCGAACACUUCGCCUGCUUCGCAUUGCUACUCUUUGUGUGCAUGAUGUUGGUCGAAAGCCUAAUGAUGAUUGUUGCGAGCAUAGUGCCAGAUUUUCUCAUGGGUAUCAUUACCGGUGCCGGAAUACAAGGUGUGAUGAUGUUGAAUGGAGGUUUCUUCCGGCUGCCGGAUGAUCUUCCUAAGCCUUUUUGGAGAUACCCAAUGUACUACAUUGCGUUCCAUAAGUAUGUAAACCAAGGAUUCUACAAGAAUGAGUUCGAAGGAUUAACUUUCCCUAAUAUCCAAGCCGGAGGGCCUGCUACCAUCACCGGUGACUAUAUCUUGAGAAAUACUUGGGAGGUGGAGAUGGGCUACUCCAAGUGGAUUGAUCUUGCUGUUUUGUUUGGAAUGGUGGUUUUAUAUAGGCUCAUGUUUUGGGGAAUUAUUAAGACUGUCGAAAAGGUUAAUCCCAUUUUUAAAGCUCUUGGAGCUCGGCCUCCCAAGUAUUCACAACAGAGCAUCGACAACUCUUCAUUCACACUUUCACAUGAAGCAUAGAUGUGGUGUUUUGUUUAAUUUCCUACUUUGAAAUUUGAAUCUACCUAGUGCAGCAAUA